AUGAUUUUGGAAACUAUUGAAGAAGAAGAAGACCUCGACGAAGAAAUUGAAGAAGUUGACAGAUACGAGUUAGAGUUACAAAUUGGAAUUACGAAAAUUGAGAAACAUAUCAAAGAAGUUACUGGAAGUCAUUCUCUGUCGGAGCCGGUUUCUAACCUUAACGUAGGUGAACAUGACAAUAAAGGAAUACACACUUUUGAUAAAAGGACCAGAAAAGAUGAUGAUACUUUAUACGAGGUGAACAAAACUAAUACAGGAACAGACACGAAAACUGGAAGUCAUUCUCUGUCGGAGCCGGUUUCUAACCUUAACGUAGGUGAACAUGACAAUAAAGGAAUACACACUUUUGAUAAAAGGACCAGAAAAGAUGAUGAUACUUUAUACGAGGUGAACAAAACUAAUACAGGAACAGACACGAAAACUGGAAGUCAUUCCCCGUCGAAGCCAGUUUCUUAUCUACACGUAGGUGAAAAUGACAAUAAAAGAAUACACAUUUCAGAUGAAAAGACUAGAAACAAUGGGGAUACUUUAUACGGGAAGAACAAAAACAAUACAGGAACAGAAACGACAACUGGAAGUCAUUCCCAUUCGGAGCCAGUUUCUAACCUUAACGUAGGUGAACAUGACAAGAAAGAAAUACACACUUUUGAUAAAAGGACCAGAAAAGAUGAUAAUACUUUAUACGAGGUGAACAAAACUAAUACAGGAACAGACACGAAAACUGGAAAUCAUUCCCCGUCGAAGCCAGUUUCUUAUCUACACGUAGGUGAAAAUGACAAUAAAGGAAUACACAUUUCAAAAGAAAAGACUAGAAACGAUGGGGAUACUUUAUACGGGAAGAACAAAAACAAUGCAGGAACAGAAACGACAACUGGAAGUCAUUCCCAUUCGGAGCCAGUUUCUAACCUUAACGUAGGUGAACAUGACAAUAAAGGAAUACACACUUUUGAUAAAAGGACCAGAAAAGAUGAUGAUACUUUAUACGAGGUGAACAAAACUAAUACAGGAACAGACACGAAAACUGGGAAUCAUUCUCCGUCGAAGCCAGUUUCUUAUCUACACGUAGGUGAAAAUGACAUUAAAGGAAUACACAUUUCAGAAGAAAAGACUAGAAACGAUGGGGAUACUUUAUACGGGAAGAACAAAAACAAUGCAGGAACAGAAACGACAACUGACAGUGUAUCCCUGUCGACGCCUGUUUCCAUUCAAAAAAUUAACGAAAAUGAGAAAAAGGAAAUACACACUUUACAUAAUAAAACGAGAAACGAUGAUGGUUCAUUAAUUGCAGGGAACAAAGCGUGUGCGGAAACUGGUAGAAAUGGAAGGACAAUUACUCAGAUAUCAUCGGUUUGUAACAAAGCUGACAGUGUAUCCCUGUCGACGCCUGUUCCGAUUCAAAACGUCAGCGAAAAUGAGAAAAAGGAAAUACACACUUUACAUAACAAAACGAGAAACGAUGAUGGUUCAUUGAUUGCAAGAAACAACGCGUGUGCGAAAACUGGUAGAAAUGGAAGGACAAAUAAUCAGAUAUCAUCAGAUUGUAACAAAGCUGACAGUGUAUCCCUGUCGACGCCUGUUCCGAUUCAAAACGUCAGCGAAAAUGAGAAAAAGGAAAUACACAUUUUACAUAAUAAAACGAGAAACGAUGAUGGUUCAUUAAUUGCAGGGAACAAAGCGUGUGCAGAAACUGGUAGAAAUGGAAGGACAAAUAAUCAGAUAUCAUCAGAUUGUAACAAAGCUGACACACAACCAGCUAGAAAGCCUGCUUCUUAUACAGUUGUUAAUAAACACGACAGAGAAGAUGUAGAAAUUAUAUACGAAAGAACUAAAACAGGCGAUGGUACAUCAUUUGCAAUGACCAAAGAUAUGGAUGAAACAGUUGAUCAAAGAUUGCGUAACCAUACAGGCUUAAGAAUUGUUUUAAUUGGAAAAACAGGAUCUGGGAAAAGUUGCACUGGUAAUACAAUUUUAGGACGAGACGCUUUUAUGUCGAGUGACUCGGCAAAUUCGGUUACAUCAGAAUGUAGAAGUGAGAAAACAAAAAUAAAUGGUCGCAUAGUAACAGUGGUAGACACCCCGGGUAUAUUUGAUACGAGACAUACAGAUGACGAAAUUCAAACAGAAAUAGCUAGAUGUAUUUGCAUGGUUAUGCCUGGUCCACAUGCGAUAAUUUUAGUUGUCCCAUUUGGUAGAUUUACAGACGAGACUCAGGAAUCAUUUGACUAUUUCUGUAAACAUUUUGGUGAAGACAUGUUUAAAUAUCUUAUUAUUCUUUUCACAAAAUCAGAAGAUCUUAAACAUAAAAAGCAAACACUAGAUGAUUAUGUACAUAACUCCACGAGACUUAUGUGUUUUGCCAAAAAAUGUGGGGAUAGAUACGUCCGGUUUUCUAACACUGCAUCAGAGAGAAAUAAAGGGAAACAAGUGCUGAACCUUCUGACUCAAAUUGAUUCAAUGGUUCAUAAGAAUGGGGGGUCUUGUUAUACAAACGCUAUGUUCAAAAGGGUACAAGAUUGUAUUCUCAUGGACAUAAAUAAAGAAAUUGAAGAGAAAGAGAAGGAAUAUGAAAGACAGGUGAGGUUAAUUGAAAGAGACUUAUCGGAAAAGUAUCAAAUGGUUAUUAAACAACAUGAAAAAAUGAUUGCACUGUUAGAAAGAGAGGACUUAACAACUAUACACAAUAUUGAAAAAAUGAAAAAAGAAUUGGAAGACCGUACAAAGCAUGAAAUAAGUGAGCUUACAUUCCAAAAAAAUAUUCAAAUUAAGGACCUGGACACACAGAGAGCUCAAGAGUCGGGAAUAAGAAUGCAGUUUGGAAACAUAAAAAAAAGAUGUAUGAAUUUCGUGCAAAUUGCUAAAGUAAUUAUUAAAGAAAAAGGUUCUAAAGUAAUUACACAUUUGCAAAAUUAUAACGGAUCACAUAUAUAUUAAUUUAAAACACCAGUACAAUUUAAAUUAUGGAAUACAGUGUUUCAAACUGUUUAAGGAAUACAAUUUCUCAUGAAUAAAAACAAUAUGAAAUUCACAUAUAUAUAGGUAAUAGUUACCAUUAAAUAUUUCAAUAAUCAUAAAAUACAUGAUUCUAGGUACGUAUUAUCGCCAAGUCUAUUGUGUUUACUAGUUGUAGUAUAUAAAAAAUAUUUUUUCAUGUUAUUCUUAUUUCUGAAAUACUGUUAACAUCUAAACAGGAACAGCUGUUAUAUUGCUACUUCAUAAUACAAUUAAGAAAAUGUCACACUUUAUUUCAUUAUUUGCAUUUAAACUUAUAUAAUAUUGUAUAGACUCGGAACGUUUAGGAGACUCACGUAUUAAAUAUACAAUUGUCUUUUGUUUACGACUGCAUGUCAACCCUUAUGAUUAGGGUUUGACUUAUUACCAGGUAUGUACUUACAUGAGCAACACGACAGAUGCCACAUGUAGAGCUGGAUCUGCUUACCCUCCCGAAGCACCUGACUUCACACCCUGUUUCGUGUUACUCAGUCCUUAGUUUUCUAUAUUGUGUUUUAUGUAAUUUUUUACUCUUCGUCGUUUUUCUUUUUUUCGCUCUGUCAUCGGCGAGUGAAAUUUUUCAUAAAAUCUCUUAGUUAAGGAACUUUUAUGAACGGCUGUAUAAUAUAGCAUCCAAAAGCUUAUUAUCUGUCCAUAUUAAUUUGCCCGGUCGUAAAAAAGAUCUUACGGUGCAAGUGACGUCAAAUCAACGUCCAUUGUCAAAAAUCAACAUUCCAAUUUUUUGGGAUAAUUAAACAAAAUGCAAUUUUCAUAUUAAUGAAUUAUAAAAUUUCAUGACAGAUCUUAUGAACCUAAUAGAACAGGAUACAAUCAUUCAAAAUCAAACGAAAAUAAGAGUGUAAUACGCAAUAUUUAAAUAAUUGCAAUCUUUUAAAAUCCUCAAAAAAUAACAAUUUCUUUUUAGAUUUGUUGUAAAUUUACACAUUGCCUAGGCCGUGAUAUUCGUUAAUUUUAUCCCUCGCUAACGUUCAGGAUAAAAUUCGAAUAUCAUGGCCAAGGCCAUGUGUACAUUUCAAACAAAUCUAUGGCUUCUAUGAAUUAUUUCUUAAAAAUUUCAUGUUAAAUUAAAAGUUUUAUUUCAUCUUUUUGUUUUGAGAAUCUCCUUAAUUACAGGUUAUAAAACCAACAAUUGAGUAUCGCAUGUAAAUUAACGCAAUUUAAUGUAAAUCUAACUCUUAAUCAAUAACAAUAAUGAAAUCAAAGCAAAGUCUUCAAGUCAUUAAGUCAAAUCUUUUAUUAAUUGACCAGUAUUAAAAGACAAGAAUUCAGUUAAAUAAAAU